UAUUUUCAUUCAUAAUAUCGCGAAAUUGUUCCUCGUCGCAGAAAAGGAUCAGAUCUUCUCGAAAAACGCAGAAGGGUCACGCGUAGUGAAACAAUAAACAAUGGCAAACGCACUAGUGCGUAUUAAUUGCAUGCCAAAGCAGCAAUUGGUGGCCCUUGUUCCGGUUGCCCUACGCAAUUCGGCUGUUGUUGUGGCCAGCAGCAACAACAAGCAGCAAGUUCGUCUGCAGUCGGCUCAAGCAUCCGCACCACCACCGCAAACGAAGACCAAGUUCGGUCCAUUGGCCGACCAGGACCGUAUUUUCACCAACCUGUACGGUCGGCAUGAUUGGCGCUUGAAGGGCGCUCUCAAGCGCGGAGAUUGGUACAAGACGAAGGAGAUUCUGCUGAAGGGCACGGACUGGAUUUUGAAUGAAAUGAAAGUAUCGGGCUUGCGUGGACGUGGAGGUGCCGGUUUCCCAACUGGCAUGAAAUGGUCGUUCAUGAACAAACCAUCCGACGGCCGUCCGAAGUAUUUGGUGGUGAAUGCUGACGAGGGUGAACCGGGCACCUGCAAGGACCGGGAGAUCAUGCGCCACGAUCCGCACAAGCUGAUCGAAGGUUGCCUGAUCGCAGGUCGUGCGAUGGGCGCACGUGCCGCUUACAUUUAUAUUCGAGGUGAAUUUUACAACGAAGCUUCCAACAUGCAGUUGGCCAUCGCUGAAGCUUACCAAGCCGGUUUGAUCGGAAAGAACGCUUGUGGUUCUGGUUACGACUUCGAUGUGUUCAUGCAUCGCGGUGCAGGAGCCUACAUUUGUGGCGAGGAAACGGCGCUGAUUGAAUCCCUUGAGGGAAAGCAGGGAAAGCCGCGUCUAAAGCCCCCAUUCCCGGCUGACGUCGGCGUGUUCGGUUGUCCGACGACGGUCUCGAACGUGGAAACCGUAGCUGUCGCUCCGACCAUUUGUCGCCGUGGUGGCACUUGGUUUGCCAGCUUCGGACGCACCCGUAACUCUGGUACUAAGCUGUUCAAUAUCUCCGGCCACGUUAACACUCCGUGCACGGUCGAAGAAGAGAUGUCGAUUCCGCUGAAGGAGCUUAUCGAGCGCCACGCGGGCGGUAUUCGCGGAGGAUGGGACAAUCUGCUGGGAAUCAUCCCUGGUGGUUCUUCGACGCCGGUCAUUCCGAAAUCGGUGUGCGAGGAUGUGCUGAUGGACUUUGACGGUUUGGUGCAGGCGCAGACCUCUCUGGGAACGGCGGCCAUCAUCGUGAUGGAUAAGUCGACCGACAUCAUCAAGGCCAUCUCGCGGCUGAUCAUGUUCUACAAGCACGAAAGCUGCGGCCAAUGCACGCCGUGCCGCGAGGGAAUCGCGUGGAUGAACAAAAUUAUGCAUCGUUUCGUAACCGGUAACGCUCGUCCGGCCGAGAUCGAUAUGUUGUGGGAAAUUUCCAAACAGAUCGAAGGGCACACCAUUUGUGCGUUGGGCGAUGGUGCCGCUUGGCCAGUGCAGGGCCUUAUCCGACACUUCCGCCCGGAAAUCGAGUCCAGGAUGAAGCAGUACGAGCAAAAGCAAGCCGCCGGUAAGAAUUAGUAACGAUAAAUUAUCUCCCUCAUGUCGAUAUUCUGCCAGGAAUGCUGCUGUAGUGUUUGAUUGGAUGUAACACAAAUGCUAAAAGGGAACUACAGAUCGUUCGAAUACAUACAACAUUCGUGUCAGUUUCAACAUUUGUGUUAAAUAAAAUUGUUUGCUCUAAUGGUA